AUGGCGGAAGAAUCCAAACCAUCGGCUCGCAAGGGCAAGGAGAAGGAGAAGGCAGCCAAAAAGCUACAUAAAGCCAUUGACGGCCUCUCAAAUGAGCAAGUCACGCAACUUCUCGAUUUGAAUCCCGCUCUAGCUACAGAGCUUGCGAACGGGCCCGAUGACUCCCCCGAUGCUGCCGCGGAAGCCCUUCGUCGCCUCAACCUACAAGACAUCAUGACCGGCCUCGCUUCGAGCGGCAAGAACGUCAAGGACAUGGGUGCUUACAAGUUCUGGGCCACUCAGCCUGUGCCUAAAUUUGGUGAGGAGCCUGAAUCCGACAAGCCGUUUGAGGAGGGACCCAUCAAGAUGCAAACAGUAGACGAGAUCGCAAAGGAGCCCCCACCUCUGAUCGACGGCUUCGAGUGGGCUACCUUGGACCUACUCGAUCCCGAACAGCUAAAAGAGGUCUGGGAGCUACUGAACGGCCAUUACGUCGAGGACGACGAGGCCAUGUUUCGUUUCAACUAUUCUGCUAGCAUCUUAAAAUGGGCUAUGAUGCCUCCAGGUUGGAAGAAAGAAUGGCACAGAGGAGUAAGAGCGUCUCAGUCUAAGAAGCUUGUUGCCUUUAUUGCUGCCAUCCCCGUGGAACUACGAAUCAGAGACAAGAUCCUGCACGCCUCCGAGGUCAAUUUCCUCUGCAUCCACAAAAAAUUACGCUCCAAACGUCUUGCUCCCGUCCUCAUCAAGGAAAUCACGCGUCUAUGCAAUCUUGAGGGCGUUUUCCAGGCUAUCUACACAGGCGGCAUUGUCCUUCCCAAGCCUGUCAGCACCUGCCGAUACUAUCAUCGCGCCAUCAACUGGCAGAAGCUAUAUGAUGUCGGCUUUAGUCCCUUGCCAUCAAACAGCAAGCCCCAGUUCCAGAUAAGGAAAUAUGCUGUUCCUGAGCGGACCUCAACAAAGGGCUUAAGGGAGAUGCAAAAGAAGGACAUCAUACCCGUAAUGGAUUUGCUCACACGGUACCUUGCCAAAUACGAUAUGGCUGCAACAUUCGAUAAGCACGAGGUCGAACACUGGCUUCUACACAACAAAAAGGAUGCACCUGAGGAACAAGUAGUAUGGUCCUAUGUAGUUGAGGACGAUCACAAAAUGAUAACGGACUUUGUCUCAUUCUACUGCCUCGAAUCCUCUGUGAUCAACCAUCCAAAACACUCAAAUAUCAAAGCAGCAUACUUGUUCUACUACGCAACUGAGGUUGGCCUAGCCAAGCCGGUGGACAAAGGUUUGCUCAAGGCUCGACUUAAUUCAUUAGUGUCGGAUUCCCUUGUGUACUGCAAGCAGUAUAACUUCGACGUGUAUAAUGCUUUGUCGUUGAUGGACAACGGUUUGUUCCUUGAGGAUCAGAAGUUUGGCCCUGGUGACGGCCAGCUUCACUACUAUCUAUUCAAUUACCGAGCGAAUCCUAUAGCUGGUGGUGUUGACAAGCGGAACCGACUAGAUACGGAGAAUUUGAGCGGGAUUGGGAAAACACAAAUUUGA